GCGCGCUGCAGCGCUCCGGAUCUGCCGGCAGGGGUCAGAUGUGAGGCGGCGUGUGCUCGGGCCUGUCACUCAUCAGACAGCAGAAGCAGCAGAUAUGAUCGCACUGGACCCCGGAAGUGUGUGUGACCCCCAUCAUUAUUUCUAACCCAUGAAACCCUUUAAACAGCUCGAGAAAUUAAAUUAUCUAUAUCUAUCUUCCCAUCGCUCGUCUGAGAAUCACAACUGGUGGAUAGAAUCUCAUUUUGGAGGCGGGUCCAGACUGUAGAUGCCUUUGAGUUCAAACCCAACAGGGUUCGAGAGGAUGUCAUUGUGAGGGACACUCUGUGUGGUGAGAAUGCAGUCUUCAGGACACCGGUUGAGGGAUGUGGAGCAGCACCAGCCGCUGCUCAGCGGAGGGGAGGAUGAGGUGGCGGCCAGCCGUAUCUGGUUCAUCCAGGACAGCUGCGGGAUGGUGUGCGCCUUCAUGACCUGGUUUCUUGUUAUGUACGCAGGAUUCGUGGUGAACUUUGUCAUGCUGCUCCCCUCCAAAAGCUUCUGGUACUCUCUCAUCAACGGCGUGGCGUUUAACUUCCUGGCUGUGCUGGCGCUGACGUCGCACCUUCGAACCAUGCUGACGGAUCCGGGAGCUGUUCCCAAAGGUAACGCCACUAAAGAAUACAUGGAGAGUCUGCAGCUGAAGCCAGGAGAGGUCAUCUACAAGUGUCCGAAAUGCUGCAGCAUUAAACCAGAGAGGGCGCACCAUUGCAGUAUCUGUAAGAGAUGCAUCAAGAAGAUGGAUCACCACUGUCCUUGGGUCAACAACUGUGUGGGCGAGAACAAUCAGCGAUUCUUUGUGCUCUUCACUAUGUACAUAGCCUCUAUUUCAUUGCAUGCACUGUGUCUCAGCGGUUUCCACUUCUUCACCUGUGUCAAAGUCCAGUGGAAUGAGUGUAGUGAUUUCUCUCCACCUGUGGCGGUCUUGCUGCUGAUUUUCCUGUGUCUGGAAGCGCUGCUGUUUCUCACCUUCACUGCUGUCAUGUUCGGCACUCAGAUUCACUCCAUCUGUAAUGAUGAGACGGAAAUCGAGCGAUUAAAGAACGAGAAGCCCACGUGGGAGCGGCGGGUGCGAUGGGAGGGGAUGAAGGGUGUUUUCGGCGGGCCGCCCUCUCUGCUCUGGUUCAACCCUUUUGCUGGACUCCGCCUUCAGGUUCUAAUGGUUCGUGCCCGGAAGAACGGGGCCGAGUUCUCAGUCUGAGCGCAGAAUGCUGUCUGCCUUCUUGCCUAUUACCCCCCUCACAUAGGACCUAGGACUCCUUCCUUUAUUGCUGAAGCAGAUUUGGAGGUACUACGGUGAAAACCUGUUAAAUAACUGAUGCCGCCCCUGGAACAAUGAGGCUACGUCUCACAUAUUAUUACCUCGUAAGGCGGAUCAUAUUUGUUAUGCUCAUAUUGUCUUCAUGAACAUUCAUUUUGAUUUGCUUUUGAUUUAUUUUUGUUGUUCGGAAAUUUGCAGAACAUUUGAAAGGCAUCGAUAUCCGUUAUCCAGCCUGAAGAAAUAGCAUUUAGAGCUACCAUGUGACAAAAAUAAUGGUUGUUUAAAGAAAUAGAUCAUAAACCAAACUGCAAUUUGCAAAGGAAUGUGUUUUUGCCAGGAAAAAGAAAAAAAAAAAGUUUCUUUGGUGAAUCUCACAGAAGCUUUCAGGAAAUGUCCAGGAGGUCCGAUAUCACAUCAAAAUCAAAAUGAGAAAAUAAGAAAUUAUAUUGUACUAUUUUUCUUCGCCUAUUACUAUUUUAUUCACGUUGAAAGGAAAUGCUUUAUUUGCAUUAUUGUAAUGCAAAUAAAAAUAGAUAAUCUAUUAUUUAAAAUGUAAAGUAUUUAUACAUCAUUUGUACUGAAUUUAAUUUUAGUGGACUUUUUUUCACACUACACUGAUAAUUUAAGUUGCUUGAUUAUACAUACAAUAAUGCAAAAGAAAAUCUUUUUUUUG